CUGAUCGCAACUGUGAGUUUAGCCAGCUGUCAGUUUGUGUCGCUGCCGCCACAUUUAUGUUUUCUGUCAGUGUUCACUGGUUAGGGACUUUAUAGUAAAGACUUCGUUUGUUAAAAUGCCAAAAGGAGGUAAGAAAGGUGGCCACAAGGGUCGGAUGCGGACGUACACCAGCCCCGAAGAGAUAGAUGCCCAGAUGAAGGCAGAAAAGGAGAGGAGAAAGCAAGAGCAAGAAGAGCAGGAGCAGGAAGGUGCAGCUCAGAAUGACACAGCAGAAGAGAAGCUACCAGGUUCUGGAUCAGAGGACAGCGAUGAUGAAGAUUCCCAGAGAAGGAGAGCCGGUGUCGAGGGAUUGAUAGAAAUUGAGAACCCCAACAGAGUGGCUCAGAAGUCCAAGAAGGUGACGCAGAUUGAGCUGGAAGAGCCCCGGCAAUUGUCAAGGAGAGAGAGAGAAGAGAUCGAGAAGCAGAAGGCCAAGGAGCGUUACAUGAAGAUGCACUUGGCCGGCAAGACAGACCAGGCCAAAGCUGACCUCGCUCGCCUCGCCAUCAUUAGAAAACAGAGAGAGGAUGCGGCGAGAAAGAAAGAAGAGGAGAAAAAAGCAAAAGAAGCGGCGGUGGCAGCAGCAGCAGCAGCUAAAGGAAUAAACUCCCUAUCUCUCAAAUGAUGCACAGUAUCCGAAGCGUUUUCACUUGCGCAUGGACUGAGGCAAUAUAGCUUUGACUAUUUUUAAAGGAAGAUCUAUGAAGAGUAUUUGAUAUUUACUGUAACGUGUGACCGUCGGAGAAGACACCAGUGAAGAGGGGUUGUGUAUAUUUUGGCGUGGGAAUAACGGCCUCGUUCCUUCCAGGAAGUAAAGCUACAAUUGAAAUCAAAUUCACGUACAUUGGGAUGAACCCAUCGAUAUUGAACAUGGUAAACUCAUCAUUGUACAAUUUCAACUUUCCUAAAUGAGCUUUGCCACUCUUUUUUUUUGUUUUUCUGGGGGGGGCACUUACAUUGUAUAUAACUGACUCAUGAAAAUAUUUCAGAUUAAUAAGAUGAACCAGUGAAA